CAGUCCUACAGACAGGACAGCACUUAAGAAAGAGUGAGGAAGUGAAGAACAAAAUAUGAGUAAGACUGAAAAAGGCGUGCACAGCGCGGAGGGCCUUAGAAACACCCAGCACUCAGACAGGAGUGAGUGAAACUCAGUCUGUACUGCUCAGAAGCCACUGGAGAUGACUGCUACCAACCUCCAGCAAAAUGCAGGCCAAAGGCACAUCAGCGCCAAAGAGGAGAGAAAGCUGCGGAAACCCCUCAUUGAGAGAAAGAGAAGGGAAAGAAUAAAUCACUGUCUAGAUCAGCUGAGAGAGAUGGUAGUUGGAGCUUUUAGGCUUGAUCAGUCUAAGUUAGAGAAGGCUGAUAUUCUUGAGAUGACGGUGAAACAUUUGCAGAAUAUCCAGAGCAAUAGAGUUUCUGACCCCAUUCUGGAUGCAGAGACCCAACAGAGGUACAGUACUGGAUAUAUCCAGUGCAUGCAGGAAGUUCACAACCUUCUACUUUCAUGUGACUGGAUAGACAAAACCUUGGGGUCCCAUCUGCUCAACCACUUACUCAAAUCUCUACCUCGAUCAGCUAAGGACUGCCCUCAGCUACCCAAGAACUCGCAGACAAGUAUUUCUUCUAACCAUAGCGACUACAUUGGUUUCCAUGCUGAUGAGUUCGAGAGUCCAAAAACCUGCCCUCCUUCUCCUGUCUUGUAUGAGAAGGCCAUCCAGUCUCAGAAUCAGUGUUCUACUCCCAUGAGAAUGCCACAUGAUGUGGAGAACCCACACCUCUCAGUUCUAAAGAUGUGGAGGCCCUGGUGAAAUAUCUGUGAUUUGGCAGUGUACAACUAUGGUGUCUCCAUAUGUAUGUAUAUGUAGUACAUAUGACUUACCUGGACAACUGUAUUUACCGCUUUGUAUGAAUGUCAAAUGAAUAAGUAUGCCGCCAGUCUGCACAAUGCAGAGCUGUAUACACCCAGUUUGUGCUGACUGUGGUAGACCCUCCUCUAAUAUGUAUCUUAUAGAUAUGUUUCACUGACCAGAAUAGUCCCCAUUUCAGACCCUCUCUACUUCCUCUCCGAAGUAAAAGCUACUGUAGCCUGCAUUG